AACAACUUCCUUGGUUCAUGAACCUUGUGUAUAUGGUAGAGAUGAAGUCCAAGAAAAUUUAUCAAAAGUGUUGCUAUCUGAUGAUGCAAGCAAGGAUGAUGUGUCUGUCCUCACCAUUGUUGGAAUGGGUGGGGUUGGCAAGACAACCCUUGCUAGAAUGCUUUACAACAACAAUAAGGUGAAAGGGCAUUUUACACUUCAAGCUUGGGCUUGUGUUUCAGAAGACUAUAGUGCUGUUAGAAUAACUAAAACUAUUCUUGAGUCAGUCAAUACAAAGCCUUGUAAUACGACAGAUCUGAAUUUGCUUCAAGUUGAAUUAAGAGAACAGCUGAGGGGAAAGAAAUUUUUAUUUGUGUUGGAUGAUCUGUGGAAUGAAAAUUAUGGUGAUUGGGAGUGCCUCCAAACUCCUUUUACUUCAGGGGCAAGGGGAAGCAAAGUCAUUGUAACAACACGGAACAAAAAUGUAGCAUCUUUAAUGAAAAAUGUUCCCAUUCAAUUCUUGGAACCAUUGUCACCUCAAGACUGCUGGUUGUUACUUGCUAAACAUGCUUUUGGAAAUGAAAACUAUAGUGCAAAUUCAAACUUGGUAGACAUUGGCAAGCAAAUUGCACUUAAGUGCAAAGGGUUGCCUUUAGCUGCACAAACACUCGGGGGUUUGUUACGUUGCAAUAUAGAUUCUGAGGAGUGGAAUAGAAUACUAAAUAGUAAUAUUUGGUACCUAUCCUAUGGUACAACUGACAUUCUUCCGGCUCUAUGGUUGAGUUAUCAUUAUCUCCCUGCUCAGUUAAAGCAAUGCUUUGUUUAUUGUUCAAUUUUUCCAAAGGAUUAUGAGUUUGAAAAGGAAGAUGUAGUUCAAUUAUGGAUGGCAGAAGGCUUAGUUACACAAGCUGAUAAUGGGAAGAUUAUGGAAUCAGUGGCUAGAAAAUACUUUGAUGAGUUAUUAUCCCGGUCGCUGUUUCAAAAGUCAAGAGAAUUUGGUUUCACAAUGCAUGACCUCAUUCAUGACUUGGCUAUGUUCAUCUCUAGGGGGUUUAGCCUUAGGCUGGAAGGGGUGGAAUCACAUGAAGUUCAAAGAGCUCGUCAUUUGUCCUUUGCUAGGGGAGAAUUUGAUGUUGCUCAAAAAUUUGAGCCAUUAUAUGGGGCUAAGUGUUUGAGGACCUUCCUACCUACCUCUUUAAAACAAAUUGAAUAUUAUGAAGAAUUUUAUGUAAGUAAAAAGGCUCUACAACAUUUGUUGCCCUCACUAAGAUGUUUACGGGUGCUAUCAUUGUCACGUUAUCAAAAUGUCACUAAGUUACCUGAUUCUAUUGGAAACCUCAUUCACUUGCGCUACUUGGAUCUUUCCCAUACCGCAAUUGAAAGGUUACCUGGGGUACUUUGCAAUCUCUACAACUUGCAGACGUUGCUAUUGUCAAAUUGUUCCUCUCUCCUUGAAUUGCCGGCAGAUAUCAGAAAGUUGAUUAAUUUACAGAAAUUAAUGUUGGCAAGUUGUAGCUCUCUUACUAAAUUGCCCUUAGGAAUGACUGAGUUGAUUAAUUUGCAUCAUCUUGAUGUCAGUGGAACUAAAAUUGAAGAGAUGCCGGUGCAAAUGGGAAGAUUGAAAAGUUUGAGACAAUUGACUGCUUUUGUUGUGGGCAGAUCUGUUGGGUCAAGCAUAGGAGAACUGAGGGAGUUCUCGCAGCUUCAAGGAAAACUUGCAAUUUUGAAGCUACAAAAUGUAGUUGAUGCUAGGGAUGCAUUGCAAGCCAAUUUGAAGGACAAGAAAGAUCUCAAGGAGUUAGAGUUGGCAUGGAGUGCAGAGGAUGCUGAUGAUUCCCAAAAGGAGAAAGAUGUACUUGACAAGCUCCACCCUUGCAUGAAUAUAGAGAUACUAACCAUCCGAUUCUAUGGUGGAACCAACUUCCCGAAUUGGUUAGGAGACUCGUCCUUCUCUAAUUUACAAGUUAUGCAUCUGAGUGAUUGUAGUUAUUGUUGGUCACUGCCACCAGUUGGGCGGCUACCCUCUCUCAAAGAGCUAUGUAUAGAAAGAAUGAAGUCUGUUAAGAUGAUUGGCGUGGAAUUCUAUGGCAGAAAUGGAGCUUCUCUUAUUCAGCCAUUUCAAUCACUAGAGAAGCUAAAGUUUAUGGAGAUGGCAGAGUGGGAGGAAUGGGUACAUGCAAGUGGAGGCGAAUAUGGUCAAGAUUUCCCUCGUCUCCAAGAGUUGAUUCUAACCAACUGUCCGAAGCUGAGCAGAAGCUUGCCUUGUCAUUUGCCUUGCUUGAAGAAGCUUACGGUGUCUGGGUGUGAGGUUUUACAUGAUGAAGGGGCCAAUACUACAACAACCAGUAGUCUUAACUACAGAUCUCUUGAAGAGUUGGAAAUAGAAGGUGGAUGCCAAAAGGGUCUGUUAUCAUUACUAGUGGAAAUUGGAAAUUUCGUUGAUACAAUGCUUGCCCAAUCGCCAUUGUCUUCAACAUUUGAGUCUCCGGAAUUGUCCAACGCUGUCUUCGUUCCCUAA